AUGAAAGAGUAUUCUGAAACAAGAGAUUAAAGUAAAUAUAGAGGUUCGAUUAAGAAUAAAAGAGUAAGAAUUGCCUAUCAGUGUUGGUUUAUAAAUUUAGGGAUAAUAUUACUGGCAUUAUCAAUAUCAUCUUAUUCAUCCUUUUAAUAUACAAUUGAAAAUUACAAAUAUGUCAUACUAAAUUGGAAUUAGUAACCAAUAGUUGAUAUAAAAAUAACGAAUGAAGGUUGUUCUUAAGAAGUAGUUUAUCUCUGUUAAGGAAAUAGGAAGAAGCUUUAGUUGAAUAUGUAUGGCCAGGAACAAUCGAUGGAUGUGAGUGUUAUGAAUAAAAAAGAGCAUUAUAAGAGAUAAAGAAUCAAUAAAAAGAAUAAAGUAAUAUUAUAGUAGGUUAGAAAUGCAAUUAAACUUAAUUGAAUAAAGGAUGUAAAACAAUUAACAGUUAGGACAUAAAACGAUUUAAUUUAUUUCCAAGUCCAAAUAAUAAAACAGGAUUCUAACUAUGUGCAAAAAGAGAAAUUGAUAAUAACUUUUAUUCAUGGAUUCCUAAGGGUAAAGAUUGUAAAGAUGGAUUAUUAAAAUGUGGAGAAAAUGAAGAUGAAUUUUAUUGCACAGCAGAAAAAUAGUGUCCAAUUAGAAGGAUUGGAUUAAAAGGUAAAAUAAAUUUGGAGAAUGAAGAAGAAGCAAAUUCUUUGGGUUUAGACACAUUAAUAUAUUCCAGAAAUUCAAGUGGAUAUUUACCAAUUGUUGAAUUUAGAAUAGGUUAAGGAGGUGUAUGUUUAAGAAAUAAUGAAUAUGGUAUUUCUGAUGGAAGAGAUGAUUAUCCACUUAUGAUCAUAAAAAGAAAAGAAUGUUAAUAUGAUACAAGGUUUGAAGAAGUAACUUUUACGACAGAAGAUGUUUUUUAUAAUAUUAAUGGUUUAUCUAAUUUAACUGAGACCUUAACAGGUUAUCAAAUAUCAAAAUAAGCUAAAUGGGGUAAAUAAUACAAAUUUUUUAUUUAGGAUUAUAUCAGAGAUCAUAUAUACCCUGGAAAAUGAAAUGUAGAGGAUAAGAAUUUAAUUAAUUCUUAUUACAAUAAAUUUAUUUAAAUGAAAUUUUUGAUGGAUUGACAUCUCAACUAAUUCUAUCUGUCUUUUUCUUUAUAAUUAUCUCUGUUUCAUUAAGUUCUAUUGCGUUUAUGAAUAUUUUGGGUAAGUAAAUACCCUUUAUAUCUACAAAUGACUCAAAUGAGACAUCAUAACGAAUAUUUUAUAUUGAAUUGGGAGUCAAAUUUGUACUUUAUGUACCAUAUGCCACUUUAAUUUCACUAGAAUUCAGUUAGAUUCAAAAAGAGUUAGAUUUUUUUGAGCGAAUCAUAAAUUUGAAUUGCUCAGAUAAUUAUCUUAUGAAUUAAAUAGAAUAAAUGAAAGAUUCUUUAUUGGUUGGAGUAUCUCAAAUGAAUAGUGCUCAAUUUUAUCUCUUUUUCAUCACAAUAUUGAUUGAUAUGGUUUACAUAGGAUUUAUAUGUUAUUAGAAAAGAUAGAGCAAAAUAGUAUGA